GCUGUGUCUGGGAACUUCACUGCUCACCCCUGCCCCCACUACAAUGAAGUCAAAUAAGCAGCUGGUACCCUGUCCUGAGGAGGCAUUCUACAGAUUAGCCAAAACCAAGGGCCGUGGAGGAGUGCCUCCACCACCAACAGGAGUACCGAGAGGGGCACCAGCACCCAGAGGAGUGCCUCCCAGUAGAGGACCAGUCAGUCGUAGCCGUGGACUUCUAGCACCCAGAGCAAGAGGAGUACCUCCACCUGCAGGCUACCGGCCCCUUCCGCCACCUCCGGCACAGGAGACUUACGGUGAAUAUGAGUAUGAUGAUGGUUAUGGAACUGCUUAUGAUGAUCAAAGCUAUGAUUCCUAUGAUAACAGCUAUAGCACUCAAGCACAGAGUGGAGCAGAUUACUAUGACUAUGGCCAUGGACUGAGCGAAGAAACAUAUGACUCUUAUGGGCAAGAAGAAUGGACCAAUUCACGACACAAGGCACCUUCUGCAAGGACAACAAAAGGAGUCUACAGAGACCAGCCAUAUGCCAGAUACUGAUUGUACUAUCUGAUGUUGUGAAAUAUCCAAUCUCCACCAGUCUUGAAUACUGUUCAAAGUAAUUUUUUCUAUGAACAAUCCGUUUUUAUUAAACAAAGCGCAUAAAAAUCUGAAUGGAUGGACUGAACUUAAAAUAUUUUGUUGAAAGAACAACCUGGACAGAAAGAUAUGUAAACUAAGGAACUUUGUUGUUUCCAAACUGUAUUUGAAAAAAUAGGUGAUCAAAAAAAUAACCUUUGAUUAACUAGUGUUAAACAAAAAAUAGGUUUACUAAAAAUGUUAGUCCAUUCUUUUAACAUAAGCGUAACCUUUUAUUUUAAAGGUUUUCAACAAUUUAGUUUUUAGUUUUUAUUUUCAGCCAUUUGCUAGAUUUUCUCUUUGCAAACAUGCGUAAAAAGGGAAGCAAAUUACAAAUGCAAAUAAUGUGGUAUUUUGUAACUCAAGUCUUGAAAUGUUCUGUAGUGUUAAGCAAAGUUUUACCCUUGCUUGAUACUAAAUAAACUUUUGAAAGAAAA